AUGUUUAUGAAGUUUCUUUCAGAUCGAGUCGUGAAAGCAGCGAGAUCAGUGUACAGCGUUUUGAUGGAGAGGGACUCAAAUCUGAUCCGAGACAGAAAGCAUCACCUCAAAACAUACAGACAGUGUUGUUCUGGUAAGGAGCUCGUCGAUUGGCUGAUGAAACAAAAUGAAUGUCUGGCGUCCAGGAGUCAGGCGGUGGGGAUGUGGCAGGUGCUGCUGGACGAAGGGAUCCUCGUUCAUGUGAAACACGAGUUGAACUUCCUGGAUAAAGACACGCAGUUCUACCGCUUCCAGGAGUGUGAGUUCGGUCUGCAUCACGUCUCCGAUGAGAGGGAGGAGGAGGAGCUACAGGAGGCCGUGUCUCUGCUCGCUCAGCUCGGACCCGACGCUCUGCUCACCAUGAUCCUCCGCAAAGGCCCUAGUCAGAACAGUGGUCUGGGUCUGCUGAACUGGCCAUUAUUCUGCGUUUACACGGACGAUGCGGGAAUAUUCGCAUUGGCUCUAAUCGGCUGA